AUGACUGAAAUGUGUGUAAAUAAUGGGCAAAAGCGUCCAGUUUUUCGAUAUGCCGAUUUUGAUUUGCCAGAACAUUGGGACAUUCAAUCGGAAAAUAUUGCACAAUUUCCCUUACAAGUUAACUCAACUGAAUACAAUGAAGUUCGUGCUUUAUUUGACAAAACAAUGGCUAAACAAUAUAGUGAAAUAGUUCGUAUAGAUCGUAUCCGAAAUAAACAAUGGCCAAGUAUGCUAAACGGUGAACGAUGUAUGUUUGUGGCAAAUGUAUUAGUAGGUAAUAGUGCACUAGGAAACCGACACAUGAAAACACCACCUUCAGGUUAUGAUUCAACAACUGAUGGAAAACAUAUCUUCGUCACAUAUCGUGAUGAUCAAGCUUAUGCAGCAUAUCUUAUUGUUUACAAAUAA